UUUACAUCCGCACGUAGUCCUAUCUGAUUGGUGUUUCCAAAUUCCAAGAGAAUAAACAUACAUCUCUCACCGUUAAGUAACCCCUUCAUACUCUAUCUAUAUCUCCUUCCUGAUCCUCUCAUCUUUUCCCCAUGGCCAUGAGCUCAAAGCUAUUCUUAACAGCAACUAUCACAGCUCUAACCUCUUCCUUAAUUGCAAUUAAUCAUGAGUUUUUGUAUCACCGUCCAUCCGUUGUAGAAAAGAUUUCUAGUGGUAGGGAAUGGGAAGCUCUUCAACUUGAGGGUGCAAUCGGGCCUGAAAGUUUUGCAUUCCACCGGCUCGCCGGGGGUCCCUACGCCGGAAUAUCUGACGGUCGAGUCGUCAGGUGGGAAGAACAUGAAAGGCGCUGGAUCAAUUUUUCCUUUGCUUCUCAAGAGAGUGCCAGAGCUAGACAACUCAAAAAGGUUCCGAUUGUGGGUGCUUUUGGGCCUGAAAGCUUUGCAUUUGAUUCGCUUGGUAAGGGUCCCUAUGCCAGUUUAUCGGAUGGCAGGAUAGUCAAAUGGCAAGGAAAUAGAAAGGGAUGGACAGAUUUUGCCGUGGCUUCUCCAAAUAGGGACGGCUGUGGAGGGCCACGUGAUCACCAACAGACGGAGCACAUUUGCGGGCGUCCAUUGGGUUUAUGCUUCGACGAAACACACGGUGAUCUAUACAUUGCUGAUGCUUACAUGGGAUUACUUAGGGUGGGGACCCAAGGUGGCUUGGCCACCAAGAUCGUGACACAUGCACAAGGAAUUCCCUUGAGAUUCACUAAUGGUUUGGACAUCGACCAAUCAAGUGGUGCCAUUUAUUUUACCGAUAGUAGCUCACAGUAUCAAAGAAGGCAAUAUCUCUCAGUGGUAUUGAGUGGGGAUAAAUCAGGAAGACUAAUGAAAUAUGAUCCAGUAAACAAACAAGUGAGAGUUCUUCUCAGCAACCUCACGUUUCCAAAUGGAGUAGCUCUAAGCAAAGAUGGCAACUUCAUUUUAUUAGCUGAGACCACCAGAUGUAGAAUUUUAAGGUAUUGGAUAAAAACGUCGAAAGCUGGAACUGUCGAAGUCUUUGCUCAACUACAGGGUUUCCCGGAUAACAUAAAAAGGAGCCCUAGAGGAGGAUACUGGGUUGGUAUGAAUUCAAGGAGAGAGAAGCUUUCUGAGUUGUUAUUUUCAUAUCCAUGGAUAGGGAAUGUUCUGCUUAAGCUUCCACUCGACAUAGCGAUGCUCCAAUCAACUCUGUCCAAGUAUAGAGGGAGUGGCUUGGCAGUGAGGUUGAGUGAGAAUGGUGACAUACUGGAAGUGUUCGAAGACAACGACGGAGAUGGGUUGAAGUCUAUAAGUGAGGUAAUGGAGAAAGAUGGGAGAUUAUGGAUAGGGUCGAUAGCUUUACCUUUUGCUGGAAGGUAUAGGAUAUGAACAUGCACUAUAUAUUAAUUAGUGUGGAUUUUUCAUGAAACAAUUAAGAAUUACAUGCAAAGUUUUUUUUUUUU